GUCCGUAGGUGACUCUAGGCCAAAAACGUUGACGGGUUUUCCUUCUUUUUCUUAAAAAUCUAAUCUUUCUCUCUCUAACAUGAUUUUUGUGUGCAACUGCUUCCACCAAUCCCCAUUGCCUUCCCUUCCAUUAGGGUUUCUUUUUCACAUUUGUUUAAACUUGGUACCUCUGUCACAAUUGAUAUGAUACUUUGAUUCCAUCAUUAAUGACCACUUUGAGGUCCAAAUGAUGCUUGUUUCCUGGUCUUUUCUGUAGUAUUGUAACUUGAUUCAGAAUGUGGAACCUUGCGUCUAGUCUUAUUGCUGGAAGUGUGGGAAUGAAAAAAGAUGCUUCAAAACCAACUCAGUCUACUUCAGAAUAUUCUGAUGAUGAGACUUCUAUGGUGAGCAGAGAAGAAAGGCUGGAAUGUCCAAUAUGCUGGGAAUCCUUUAACAUUGUUGAAAAUGUGCCUUAUGUCUUAUGGUGUGGCCACACCCUUUGUAAAAAUUGCAUCCUUGGAUUGCAAUGGGCCGUGGUGAAAUUUCCAACACUGCCAAUUCAGCUUCCACUUUUUAUCUCUUGCCCAUGGUGCAACCUUUUGUCUCUCCGUUUAAUUUACCGGGGAAAUCUGAAGUUCCCUCGUAAGAACUACUUUCUUCUUUGGAUGGUUGAGAGCAUGAACGGUGAUAGAGUGAAGUCACAUUCUACUUUUUGUGGUGAUCAACAACUAAUCUGGCCAAUUAAAGACAGUUUAACUUCAGGAAGCCAAGUAAGCCAUGGCACUGUCAGCCUUCAGAGAGGACAAGUUUGUCAUCCAGACUCUCCAAGUUCCAAUCAACAUCAUGACAAUACCAGUGAUUACGUUAGUAUAGAAAGACUGCAUACCUCUCUGCGGAAGUCACUGGUUUUAUUUGUUCACUUGACAGCGAAGUUCCCAUUGAUCAUUAUAUUUCUUUUGAUUGUCUUAUAUGCGAUACCAGCCAGUGCAGCCAUUUUGGCUCUGUAUAUACUUGUUACCAUUGUGUUUGCUCUCCCAUCAUUUCUCAUCUUGUACUUUGCAUAUCCUAGUUUGGAUUGGCUUAUCAGGGAAAUUAUCACUUGAGGUUGAGGUUGUAUGUCUUCUGUUUUGCAAGCAUUAUGGAUUGGCUUGUCUGGGCAUUAUCCUUGUGGCCCCUUCAUCUAGUGUCUUAUACUUUGCAAUUUGCCGACAUCUCCAUUUGCAAGCUGUAUCAUUUAUCUUAUCAUCACGGUACACCUUUUGGCUGGUUGGAGGAAGGAUAUCAGAUUUUUGCAUCAAGUAUUUGGAUAGCAGCCAAGGCCGUGGAGUGAAUAAGGUAAUGAUUAAUGAUUUUUGCCUUUUUCUGGUGGCAAAUGGUUGUUUUAUUUUAUCCGUUGCUGAACAUCAGAAGAAUACCCUAGUGUAGUUGUCAAGUGGAUCAAUAUUAGUAAAGUUAUUGUUUUCAUGGGCACAUUUGGAUGCUCCUAUUAAUACUGGUUACAGUUUUAAUUUUGCUAAUUGUAAUUCUGUAAUUAUUAUUGGUAGAGUUGUUUGUCUGGCUAUAUGCACAAGCAUUGUAUGCUUUAUUGAUUUUAAUGAUCUUCCCGUGAUUGGCUUCUGGAAAAGGUCAUGCACUCUAGUCAGAAAUGUAUCUUUCAUGUAUGGUCACGUAUAAGUAUUAAUUUCCUCAAGAACUCAAUAGGAAGCAGUUAAAUAUGUCUCUUUA